AUGCACAAACGAGUACUUUCCCUCUCUGCUCUUAUGGCCAAUAGGUCGCGAGCAUUGAUUUCAUCAAGCUUCACUAAUAUCAACCAAAGCAUGAUCCGAUCAUUCUCUAUCGGAAUGAUGAAUUUACAAGCAAACAAACCUGAAAUUGAUGUUUUAUCAUUGAUUUCAAACACACCAUUCAAGAAGGAAAUUGCUGAUAUUUUGUUGGCUCCUCUUGACAACAAGGAUAUUGAAGUGUUGCCAGAAGGAAGCCUGUUUUUACCUGAAAUUAAGUAUCGAAGAAUUUUAAACAAAGCCUUCUUGCCUGGAGGAUGGUCGCUAAUUCCUAUGGGAGCCCAUGAAAUUAAGGACAAGUGCAUUGUUCAAGAAUAUGCCUUAAUUUGUCAUGGCAAGUUUGUGUCACAAGUGUACGGAGAGCAAACCUUUGAUCCAUCUGAACAAAGCUUUAAAACACUUGGAACAGCACUUGAAGGUUGUAAAUCAAAUGCUCUGAUGAGAUGUUGCAAAGAUCUUGGAAUUGGCUCAGAACUGUGGGAUCCAAACUUUGUACGAGAAUGGAAAAAGCACAAUGUCGUUGCUGUGUUGUGUGAAAAUGUUAAAAACAAAACCACCAAGGUGUUGUACAGAAGAAAAGACAGACCUGCUUUCCAAUAUCCUUACACUGAGAAGCAAAUCAUGAACCAGUAA